AUGAAGUUUUCCCAUCAACUUCAAUUCAAUGCUGUACCGGAUUGGGCAGAAUAUUAUCUACCCUAUUCCAAUCUCAAGAAACUUAUCUAUUCUACUGAACGAGAGCGUGUAUCUCAUGUUCGAUCCGAUGACUAUGAACAAGUACCUGCCAGUGAACGAACAGCCCUCAUGAGCGAUGCGGAUACGGUGGAGAGAGAUAACAGCCGGUUCAUUGCAGCACUGGAUCAAUCGUUGGACAAGAUUGUCAAGUUUUAUGUGAAGAAGGAGCGUGAGCUAUACAAGGAAACAGACGAGUUGCUCAAAGAUGUCAACCGUGAUUGCCACGACGCCCAUGGGAACUUUCCACGACGCGAAUCGCUUGUCGAAGCCGAAUCAGAUAUGCCACCUGCCAUUGUGUCACAGAAUGUAGCCGACACCGAUCCAGAGCAGCAACAUGUGCAUGGCAACGAUCUACGUAGGCGUACAGUGGAUCUCUUUGUAUUACUCUCAGAGCUCAAAUCAUUUGUGGCACUCAAUCAGACGGCGUUUUCCAAGAUCCUCAAAAAGUAUGACAAGAUCACCCACAGCAGCCUUAAGCGUUACUAUACCCAGAACCAUGUUGCGCCCGCUUAUCCGUUUCAAAGUGCAUCCAAACAACAUCUCAACGAGCGUAUCCAGGAAACAGAACGUUUAUACGCCGACCUCACCACCGAUGGCGAUCUCGAUCAAGCUAUCAUGGAUCUCAAGACGCAUUUGCGUGAACGUAUCGUUUGGGAACGUAACAUGGUAUGGCGUGAUAUGGUGGGGCAAGAACGCAAGAUGCAAACGGUCGGUGUCCGUGAAGCUGCCAAACCCAUCACCCUGCGUACUCCUUGUGGCACCCUGCAGAUUACGCGCGAUCAGAUCACCCAAUCACUCAUGCUCAUCGUCAGCAUCGCCAUCUUCAUCGUCCUUAUCAACGCACACAUCUUUGAUCAGGUGGAGCAAAAUUAUUGUUUCGCUAUUCUUGUAUUGGCUAGUAUGCUAUGGGCGGGCGAGGUGAUGCCAUUGUUUGUGACAGCCUUGUUGGUACCCCUUUUGGUCGUCAUGCUACGAGUGAUGCGAGAAAAUGAUGAGCGAUUGACAGCACCCGAUGCCACCAAACGAGUCUUUGCUGCCAUGUUUUCACCCGUCAUCAUGUUGUUAUUGGGAGGAUUUGCGAUUGCUGGUGCAUUGAGCAAAUAUGGCAUUGCCAAAUCGAUGGCAACCUUUGUAUUGUCAAGAGCUGGAACGAAACCCAAUCGGGUAUUAUUGGUGAACAUGUUUGUGGCAACAUUUGCAAGCAUGUGGAUCAGCAAUGUGGCUGCACCCGUCCUUUGCUUUUCAUUGAUUCAACCCAUCUUGCGAACACUUCCGGUGGACUCGACAUUUGGUUCAUGUUUGAUUAUGGGCAUUGCACUUUCAUCCAACCUUGGCGGUAUGGCAUCACCCAUCUCUUCACCCCAAAACGUGGUCGCCAUCCAGAAUAUGAAUCCACCCCCUUCAUGGGCUGAAUGGUUUUUGGUGGCUAUCCCAUUGUGUAUCGUUGGCAACAUUAUCAUUUGGCUUUGGUUGCUAUGGAACUACAACCCCGAAAAGCACACGCCUCAGAUCCACGAGAUACGUGCUUCACAAGAUCCUGUCACUUGGACACAAGUUUACGUUGGUGUUGUCACCCUGGUCACCAUUUCCCUCUGGUGCCUUGCUCACACUUAUGAAUCCACGUUUGGUGAUAUGGGCGUCAUCGCUAUUAUUCCACUCAUCGCCUUUUUUGGUCCUGGAUUGCUUACCAAGGAUGACUUUAACAACUUUUUAUGGAACGUCAUUAUGCUCGCUAUGGGUGGCAUUGCGCUUGGCAAAGCUGUUGAGAGUUCAGGACUGCUGCAAACAAUUGCUGAGAGGAUUGAGGAUAUGGUCACUGGUUUCAAUGCCUUUGAAAUUUUAUUUGUGUUUAGCGUCUUGGUGCUUGUCAUGGCAACCUUUAUCAGCCACACAGUCGCUGCAUUGAUUGUUCUUCCCAUUGUCGCUGAAGUGGGUGCCCGUCUCGAUGAUCCACGACCCCGAUUAUUGGUUAUGGGCACUGCAUUUGUUUGCUCAUGUGCCAUGGGUUUGCCCGUGUCAGGAUUCCCCAACAUGAAUGCGAUAUCCCAAGAGAAUGAGCUCGGUCAAUCCUACCUCACUACCAAGGACUUUUUGGUCAAUGGCGUACCCUCAAGUGUAUUUGCCGUACUUUGUGUGGCUACCAUCGGCUAUGCUCUCAUGUCAUUGAUUGGAUUUUAG